AUGGGGCUGAGGCUGCUGGUCUCACUGUUGCUGCUCUGGACACAGGGGACCCAGGGGUCCAACCUGGACCCCAAUGGGCGGCAUGUCUGCAUGGCCGGCAGCCCCUCUGCUGAGCUCCAGUGCUGCCCAGGCUGGAGGCAGAAAGACCAAGAAUGCACUAUCCCCAUCUGUGAGGGGCUGGAUGCUUGCCGGGAAGAUGAAGUGUGCGUGAAACCAGGCCUCUGUCGAUGCAAACCUGGAUUCUUUGGGGCCCAGUGCAACUCCCGCUGCCCGAGUCAGUACUGGGGCCCAGAUUGCCGUGAGACCUGCGCCUGCCACCCACACGGCGGUGUUUCCGAGCCGGCCCGCGCGUGCCACUGCCAGGCGGAACGCUGGGGCAGCCGUUGCGAGUUCCAGUGCGACUGCGGCCCCCACGGGCGUUGCGACGCCGCGACGGGCGCGUGCCGCUGCGAGCCCGGCUGGUGGUCACCCACUUGCCGCCGGCCGUGCCAGUGCAACCCGGCGGUGGCGCGCUGCGAUCAAACCAACGGCUCCUGCCGCUGCGAGCCGGGCUGGUGGGGCCGCCGCUGCAGCUUCCGCUGCGCCUGCCACGGCUCGCCGUGCGCUGGGGAGACCGGCCGCUGCGAUCGCCGGCCGGGCCGGUGAGGUCCCGAGUGCCGGUAUGAGUAGUGCGUGCGCGGCCGCUGCAACGCCGUCUCCGGAAAAUGCGCCUGCCCGCCCGGCUUCCGCGGCGCGCGCUGCAGGCUGCCCUGCCCGCUGGGUGGGCAUUCCAUCCAUGGGCUCCUCAGUGCUCCCAUGACUCCUUCUCUUCGCAGCUGCGGCCACUGCAAGCAGAACGAGCCAUGCUCUGCAGAUACAGGCAGCUGUGAGUCCUGCGAGCCGGGCUGGAAUGGAACCCAGUGCCACCAGCCCUGCCCACCCGGCACCUUUGGCGAGAGCUGCCGGAAGCAGUGCCCCCACUGCCGGCUUGGGGAGGCCUGUCAGGCAGACACUGGGCACUGUCAGCGCUGUGACCCUGGGUGGCUGGGGCCCAGAUGUGAAGACCCCUGCCCGCUCGGCACCUUUGGGGAAGGCUGCACCUCUACCUGCCCCACCUGUGUUCAGGGGGCCUGUGAUGCCGUGACUGGGGAAUGUGUCUGUGACGUUGGCUACUGGGGACCCAGCUGCAACACUUCAUGCCCAUCUGGCUUCCAUGGCAACAACUGCUCUAUUCCCUGUGAAUGCCCAGGGGGAUCCUGCCACCCUGUCUCUGGGGCCUGCCAGCUGGGGCCUCACGGUCAAGAUGCCGCCCUCAUCGCAGGCAUCCUUGUGCCUCUGCUGCUGCUGCUCCUGGGCAUCGCCUUCUGUGCCUGCUGCUGCUGGGCCGCCCGGUUGGACCCCAAGGACAGGCCAGCGAGAGAUGAAGCCGCCGUGUCCAGGGUGAAGAUGCAGGUCUGGGGGGCGCUGACCAGCCUCGGCUCGGCGCUACCCUGUGGUUCCCUCAGCAGCCACAAGCUUCCCUGGGUGACAGUCUCACACCACGACCCGGAGAUCCCCUUCAAUCACAGCUUCAUUGAGCCGCCCUCCGCCGGCUGGGCCUCGGACGACUCCUUCUCUUCUGAUCCUGAGUCUGGCGAGGAGGACGAGGGCCCUGCCUACUGCGUGCCACCCCAAGAAGGGAUGGCCACUGUGGCGCAUGGAGAGUUUCCAGAGGCCAGCCUGGCUGGAGGUCCCAUCCCUCCCCCUGAGGACGCCUCCACACCAUUCCCUAUCCCACGCACUUCCAGCCUAGCACGGGCCAAGCGGCCAUCAGUCUCCUUUGCUGAAGGCACCAAGUUUGCACCACAGAGUCGCCAAAGCUCAGGGGAGCUCUCCAGUCCUCUUCGAAAGCCCAAGAGGCUCUCCCGUGGGGCCCCGCUGAGUCCGGAAAGCCAGGAGGCUGAGGAGUCCAUGGGCCCGGAGAAAGCAGAAACGGAUGAGACCCUUCCUGGUGCUGCCAGCCCCAGGGAUCCAGCCAUUGGCCGCCGCCGGCUCCCACUUGGUGGCCGGACAGUGGCUGAGCGUGUGGAAGCCAUUGAAGGCAGUGUCUCAGAGGGCUCAGGCUCCGUGACCACGAUCUACAUGCUGGCAGGGACACCCCAGGUAUCUGAGGGCCCCGUCCGGUCUGUUCUCCGUCGUUUUGGUAGCUUCCAGAAAGGCCAGGCAGAGCCCAAGGUCAAGAGUGCCAUCCCCAAGCCGCCACGACGGGCCCUGAGUCGAAAUAAGGACAGCCCCGGGCUGGUCUCCGGCACUGCCAGUCAGAGCCCCAACUUAGCCCCGAACCAUGAGCUCACUAGGGCCUUAGAGUCUGCAGGAACUGGACCAGAGGAAGUGGCCAGGGGACUAGGCGAUGGCACCAAGAACUCGGGGAGGGCCCAGGAGCUGGCCCCUGAGGGUGGCCCCCAGGAACAGGAUCCCCAGAAGCUGUCUGAUGAAGAGGGGCAGGAGGAGCCCCAGUAUGAGAAUGUUGCACCCAUCUCUGGGCCACCAGCACCCUGA